GUUGAGGGCUGGUGUGUGUGUCUGGAGGAAUCUGUCGGUAUCAUUUUUUGUAGCGGGUGAUUGGAGGUUUAGAAAAUGGACACGUUAAAUAAACUGAAGCAGUUUGACGCUUAUCCUAAAACUCUGGAGGAUUUCCGAGUGAAGACGUGGGGAGGAGCGACUGUGACUAUAAUCAGUGGUGUCAUCAUGCUAAUCCUGUUUGUCUCUGAGUUGCAAUACUAUCUGACUAAAGAGGUCCAUCCUGAGCUGUAUGUCGACACGUCACGGGGAGACAAACUCAAAAUCAACAUCGAUAUUAUUUUCCCUCACAUGCCGUGUGCCUAUCUUAGUAUAGAUGCAAUGGACGUGGCUGGUGAGCAGCAGCUGGACGUUGAACACAAUCUGUUCAAACAGCGGUUGGAUAAAGAGCUCAAACCUGUCACCCAGGAGGCAGAAAAGCACGAGCUCGGUAAGGCUGAUGAUGGCGAAGUGUUUGAUCCCAGCACGCUGGACCCAGACAGAUGCGAGAGCUGCUACGGAGCUGAAACUGAAGAUCUCAAAUGCUGCAACACCUGUGAUGAUGUGCGGGAAGCGUAUCGGCGGCGAGGCUGGGCGUUCAAGAGUGCAGACACCAUCGAGCAGUGUAAAAGAGAGGGUUUCACUCAGAAGAUGCAGGAGCAGAAGAAUGAAGGCUGUCAGGUUUACGGCUUCCUGGAAGUCAACAAGGUGGCAGGAAAUUUCCACUUCGCUCCAGGAAAAAGUUUCCAGCAGUCUCAUGUCCACGUGCACGCUGUGGAAAUACACGACCUGCAGAGUUUUGGCUUGGACAAUAUAAACAUGACCCAUCUGAUAAAACACCUGUCGUUUGGUAAAGAUUACCCCGGUCUUGUUAACCCCCUGGAUGGGACUGAUGUCACAGCACCACAGGCAUCAAUGAUGUACCAGUAUUUUGUGAAAAUUGUUCCUACCAUCUACGUGAAAACUGACGGCGAGAUGGUAAAAACAAACCAGUUCUCAGUCACCAGGCACGAGAAAGUGGCCAACGGGCUAAUAGGAGACCAGGGGCUGCCAGGCGUCUUUGUUUUAUAUGAGCUGUCACCCAUGAUGGUUAAAUUCACAGAGAAACACAGGUCCUUUACGCACUUCCUAACAGGAGUUUGUGCCAUUAUUGGAGGAGUAUUUACAGUGGCCGGCCUGAUCGAUUCGCUCAUCUACCAUUCUGCUCGUGCCAUCCAGAAGAAGAUAGAGCUGGGGAAGACAUCCUAACAGCGCUCCCCAGUGGCCUCCACGGUGCAACACAGACCAAGACAAUGACAGAGCCAGAAGGACAGAGAGAAGAAGGGCAGAAAGGUGGAGGGAGAAGUUUGAAAGCGGGAGCACAGCUCUCCAUCUCUCUGUCUUCUCUUAGGUCGAGGGAGAGAAAUGCAGAGAGAGACAGAAGUUUUAAAUCAUCCAGGUUUUAAAUUUCUCUGCCUCUCUUUUUGUUCUUGAAAAAGUCUGGAGAGGAGCUUGCGCGUUUUUGAAUUUUCCUCUCCACACAGGACAGAGACAGAAUCAGAGAUUGAUUUUUCUGUGAUUGAUUACAAGCACAGCAGCAGAUGCACACCCAGCCUCCGGGGGGAAAAAGGACCUGCGCACCGGUCCACUGUCAGAUCACUACACCGAAUGAUUGUUAGAGAAUCGUGGUUGAUCCCAGUGUCUAGAGGAAUGAGAAAGACAGGCCAUCUAUCACUUAUUCACUUCAUGUAACCUGAACUCACUGAUGAAAUUUUAUACAAAAUGAAGCCCCAGUAGGCCUUAAAAGUCACAAUCAUGUAAAAUACAGUUCGUGGUCUUGAUUUAUCAAACUUUUUGAGAUCAGAAACUCAUUAUUUUGGUUAUGUUUGUCUUAUUUUAUCUUUCUUACUCUCAGCAAGUUCCACAAAAAGAGCUAAACCAACCAUGCUCUAUUGCUGCCAACUGGCUGUUUUGAAUAACAGUUGUAAAUCAAAUUAAUGAAGCUAACUAACCAGCUAUUUUAAGAAAUAACUGGAAAGUUGUUGUUUUUUUAGUAUUUCGUAUUUAGAUAGUCAGACAUUUGUUGCUUUUGGUCUUUUCAAAAGGGAUUUAUUGACAAGAAAAAUAUUAAAUUUAGCCUGACUUGCAAAUUCUCAUCACAUGUUCCCUUUAUGUCUGUUUCUGUACAAGUAAGAAGUUGAAUUUAGUGUUUAAAUAUUGCUAAAAUGUAAUUAACCCCUCUGUCCCUCAAAAAAAAGGGACUCACGUUAACACCUAGUUGAUUCCUGAGAUGCACUUUCCCAGUAUAUUAGUUUCAGUGUUGUUCCUGUGUUGAAUAUCUAAAAGUUCAAAUACAGCGCAUAAACAAAAUGUCCGGUGAAAAGAUGGGAAAAAGUCAUUUUCACCAAUUUAUUCUGGCGAUGUGUCCUGCAGGUCUUUAUCAGAGCUCUUAUAAAUACCCUGGCCAUGUUAUAAACCAAGCAGGACCUGAGUGGAGUAAAACACAGGCGUGCUAAAUAGAUGACAGAAAUGUUUCAGUGUUGUGUAAAUGAAAGCUGUGUAUCCCAGCCCUCAAUCUGUGUGUAGCUGGGAAAAAACGAAAUGAUAAAAUCAGAGCACUACAAAUAUUCCCACAUAAUUUAAAGGCACUAUGUAAAGACGUCUGAUUUUUCAAUCUGCUUUUUUGAGUUGACUUAAAAUAACCUCAUGUCGGUGUCCUCCAUCAUUAUUCCACCAUCAGAGGCAGCUGUCUCAGAUAAUCACCACUCUUUCAAC